AUCAACUCCUCCCUCCCUUGCCCUGCCCCGGGGUUGGAAGGAGCUCGGAGGUAGGAUGGAGGAGGACUCCUGCUCCCUUUGUAACUAGGUUUUGCCCGCAGAAGAGGCCAGAGGUUGUAAGUGUUCCUGCUGCUGCCAGGCCCAGUGAUGCCCUGGGGUUUUGCAUGCUGUGCAGAGACUAAAUGGCAAGGUUUUAAUUUUAAACACCCCAAAAAGUGCAGCUUAGAAAUGGUUCUGUGAGAGACCAACAUGUUCCAGGGGGAAGAAUGGGGAAUCAAACUUUUCCCUUAAAUGACAAUUUCCUAUCCUGCUUCCAAGAAGAACAGUGAACUGCUCUUUUGCUUCUGGGCAGAGGGCGCGCAUUUCGGCUUGUGAACGUUUUCACGUGCACUUUAAAUGAUUUAGGAGUCUCUACAAUACAAACGGGAGGCCGGGCCGUGUGGUUUUCAGUAGCUAGGAUGGAUAGCAUUUGUUACUGUAACGUUAAGUUGUGUUGAGGUAGGGCAAAGAAAUGACAGCAUGGUGAAGAGAGUAAUACACACGUAAAAAGAUCAAAAAUCACCCGUAGUACCAGCGUCACAUUACAGAAACCCGGGUCAGAAAGAACAUUCCUGCCUGGAAACUUUUUAUAAAAAGUAACGUCGAUCCCUAGAUGACUGUAACGUUUACUCUUUAGUUGUUUGAUGUCUAAAAUGGAAAGUCUCUACAAUGACCGUUUGCUCCAGUAUUUUGAGUGUUGUUCCUUUUCUCAGUGCUUGUAUUCCUCUAACAUGUCCUUAUUUUUCUUUAUCUCCAUGUUUAGUAAAUACCGCUGUGUUGAUUGUGUAUCAGCUGAAACCUUGUGAAAUCUUGAUUUGUGAUCUAUUUUUAAUAUACAAGCCAAAGAUCUCAAAUGAAUAGAACUUAUUUCAUAAAGCAGUUUAUAUUAUUGUUUUAACUUUUAAAUACUAAAUUGCUUUGCAGACUUUUACAGAGGUCAGUAUCAAGUCCAAUAUCAAGACUAUUAAAAAAAGACUAGUCUGGUAAAUUCCUUUGAACAGGGGAAGAGUUUUACAUAAGGAAUAAGAAGAAAACACCUUAAUUCCAAGUUGGAUUUUUUUUUUAAAAGCUCCAGAUUUGGUUAAAUACAAUUUGAUCACCUUCUUCUUUUUACUGUAAAGAGCAUUUUAAAACAAACAAUAUAAUUAUGGUUGUAGAAAGUAUGACACCAAUGCAGCUCUCAGAGAAACCUGGGUUUAGUGCCUCUGCUCUUUGUUGAUGGGAUUUGGGUACUAAAGGGCUGGAUAUCAUGUUUAUACUGUAUUUCCAGCUACAACUGCUAAAUGCAAGGGUUAUCAGCAUAGGGUUCAAAGCAGCUGUAAGGGUUAACUCUUCAGAAAUUAAUUGUCCAGAGUCCCCAAAUAACUGAAGUUUAGAAGGUGUGCAUGGGGGAGGAACGAGUUAACUAAUGGUGAAAUCCUGAAUGUACUCGAGUAAAAGAGAAAGCUCCCACUGACUUCAUUGUUGCCCGGGUUUCACACUAAAAGUUAACUGCACAUUGAAGGGUUAACAUAUUGAGUGUAUUCAAUCUUAUGAUGCGACCAGCUAAGGCAUUACAAACAACAUUCAUAUUUCCCUAUUUACAUCCAGAAGAUCUGCUUCUCUUCAAGCGAGAGCUUGCAACUCAACUUGUGAAAAAAGGACCUUAAGAAUUUAGACUGCUUUUCUGCUUUGGAAUUAGAUAAGGGCUACAUAGGAGUUCAAUAUUCUGUACUUUGAAGGAUUUUUCUUCCCUUUUGUUGGCAAAAAUGAAAAAAAAAUGGAGAUUGGAGAACUUUCGAUUUAUCUUGCACACUAUGCUCUGUCUCCUUUUCAUAGAUGGAGGUAAAUUGGAACAAAUAAAACAUUCAGAGACAAACUGUGUGUUUCAAGAUAAGAAGUACCGCGUAGGUGAAAGAUGGCAUCCCUACCUAGAGCCCUAUGGACUCGUUUACUGUGUUAACUGUCUCUGCUCAGAGAAUGGGAACGUACUGUGCAGCAGAAUAAGAUGUCCAAACCUACACUGUCCUACCCCAGUGCAUGUGCCACAACUGUGCUGCCCACGGUGCCCAGAGGAUUCGCUUUUCUCGAUGAGCAGUAAAAUCACUGGGAAGUCCUGCGAGUACAAUGGCACAACCUACCACCAUGGGGAAAUGUUUGUGGCAGAAGGGCUUUUUCAGAACAGACAGCCCAACCAGUGUGCCCAGUGCAGCUGCUCAGAAGGAAAUGUAUACUGUGGCCUGAAGACUUGUCCUAAAUUAACAUGUUCUUUCCCAGUUUCUGUGCCGGAGUCCUGCUGCCCAGUCUGCAGAGCAGAUGGUGAACUCUCUUGGGAGCAUUCUGAUGGGGAUAUCUUCCGCCAACCAGCCAACAGAGAAGCUAGGCACUCAUACCAUCGCUCCCACUAUGACACAUUGCCCAGUUCUGCUCGGCAGGCAGCCAACGUGCCACGAUUUUCUGGUGGCAGGAGUAACCGUGGAGUCCUUCCUGACCCCCAGCAAGCAUCAGGAACUAUAGUACAGAUUGUCAUCAACAACAAGCAUAAGCAUGGACGAGUCUGUGUUUCAAAUGGGAAAACAUACUCACACGGUGAAUCUUGGCAUCCUCAUCUCCGGGCAUUUGGAAUCGUUGAGUGUGUGUUGUGUACCUGCAACAUCACCAAACAAGAAUGUAAGAAAAUUCACUGUCCAGAACAAUACCCCUGCAAAUACCCUCAGAAAAUAGAAGGAAAAUGCUGUAAAGUCUGUCCAGAAGAAAUGCCAAGUCAGAGCUUUGACAGCAAAGAUGAUUUUUGCGGCGAAGAGACACUUCCUGUCUAUGAAUCUGUCUUCAUGGAGGAAGGAGAAACCAUCAGAAAAAUUGCAGCAGAGACAGAAAAUCCUCCUCAAGUAGAAAUACAUGUUUGGACAAUUCGGAAAGGGAUUCUGCGUCACUUUUACAUUGAGAAAAUAUCCAAGAGAGAAUUUGAAGAUCUUCCUUACUUCAAGCAAAUAACCAGGACAACUCCAAGCCAGUGGAAAAUAUUUAGCGAGGGAGAAGCUCAGAUCAGCCAAAUGUGUGAAAUCAGAGUGUGCAGGACUGAGCUGGAGGAUUUGGUAAAGGUUUUGUACCUUGAAAAGUCUGAAAAGGGUCACUGUUAAGGAAGACAAGCACUGGAGAGGGAAACACAAGAAAACUUAUGAAAACUUGGAUCUGCAGCUGGACUGCAGGCUUAUUUUGCUUAAGUCAACAGUUGCCCUAAAAACCCAAACUAUAAUGCAGUAAUUAUUCACAUCAUGCACAGCAAAUUUGCUGCUUUAUGUGUAGUGGUCUGUGUCAACCAUUUAAAUAUCUUCUCAAAAAAGACUAGAAGGCUCUGUAUUAUUGGCAGGGGAAAGGGAGACUUUAGUUUCUUAGAGUUGCAUUUCUUUACAAGUUAAAAAAGAAAACAGAACUUUUUUUAUUUGGGAAGUUGUUCAAGCUAAUGAAAUGAAGGACAUAUAAUAAAUGUGGGGGAGUUAUGGAGAGCAUUAUUUCCUGUGCUGAGUUUAUACUACUUCUGGUGUUGAAAUGACUCAUAUUUUUCUAGCAGGGGGGAAAUAUAAGUGAUACAAUACUUGUUUUUGAGACACAAAAACAGAUUUAAACUAACGAGCUUCUAACCAGUCUACUGCCAUUUGGAUGAUGUCUCGCAGUUGAAGGAACUGAGUACCUAAGUGGAGCAGCAGGUGUUAGUGGGAAUUACUAUAUUUUUGUAGAAAUUUAAGAAAAUGUUCACUUUUAAGUGGUUUUCACUUGGUUCCCGCCACCCACUUCUCCAAGUGAAAAGUGAAAUAUCAGCUCUCUGUUGCAGCCCCAAUGUUGCAUUCUCACAGGCCCUGUUAACACAUAGCCUCAGAUGAUAAACUGCUUUUACAAACUAACAUGGCAGGAGAACACAAAGCACUUGGAUCAUUACUGAAAAUCUCUAGAGGGUUAAAGUCACAGUGAUUAAUGACUUAUUAGAUGUCUUGGAUAUCACAUAAUUUAUUAACAAUAAUUGCCACAAUAACAGUGUUCUGCAUUGUUCUAACAGUGGCUGUUCCAAUCUCAGCAAGCAUAACGUCAAGGGCAAAUCUCUCCAAUGGCAAAAUAAUGAGCACUUUUAUCAAGCCAUUAUGUUACGGCACCUCCAUCAUGACCAUUAUUUUCAUACAAAAAGAAAUCCAGGCUAUUCAGUUGAUCUGUAGUUCACAGGUGAAAGUUAAUUAUAGUAUCUGCAUAAUGUCCUUGAUAAAGGUCAUAUCUGGUUUCAAAGAAAAGUUCUGUAUUAAAAUAUAAAGCCAUGGCUUUGAAAACGUGGCCUCUGAGGAGCCAUAUGAAAUCCCAUUACACCAAUGUGUGGCUCCCAUCUUGAAUUCACUUCCAAGGACCAACUGACUGUGGCUGCAUUAUCUUCGACUUUUUAUUCCAGAAUUAGACGGGAACAUUGCUGUUCAGACACACAUUAAAAACAAAGCCUUAAGGAAGUGGCUUCAGAUCAAGCUUCUGGCUCUCCUGGGAUUGAAGUUCAUAGUAGCAGCCACAAUUUUGUGGUGCUCAUUGUACCUUAAAAAAUCCUGCCAUGCCAUCUGCUCCACCAUGAUUUUCCAGUGAUGGCACUCUAGGUCUCCCUUUGAUUAUGUGCAUGUUAAUAAAAUGUAUUAAGGUGCAUGAUAUUCAGUGCUGAAAGCCACUGACCCAGUUCUGGCUCCAGAAGUACUAAUACAGUUUUUGAAGGAGCUCUGGUCCUAGUUGUGAACUUCUUGCACCUCCCUGUGGCAGCUGCUAUAGUCCUAAGAGGCAGUCAGCUUUUAUGCUCUUCCAGUCGUACCAGUGCUUCUCGCAGUAGCCAGGAGUGCAGGGAAGGCAUUAGCAACAAAGAGCAAAUAGGCAAGUGAGGGGCGCAGAUGGCAAAGUGAAGAGGAGAAACAGGGGGACUAAGUGAAGACAUAAGGAUUUGGGGAAGGAUUUAUACCCAGUGUUUUAUAUACGUGUUCUUCAUAGCACUCCUGGCCCCGUGCCAGGGGGGAGAGCAGAUUUUUAAGAGCACUUUCAUCCCUAUCACAAAACAGUGUGCCAGAAGGGAGCAUCUCUGACAUCCCGCUUUGAUUUGCAAGGACAAAACACUCUCUUUGAUGUCAGUAAAAUCUUAUAGGAUCAGGACAAGGCACUGACACUACUAAGCACACGCAAAGCCCUGACUAUAUCUGGCCAAAAACGAUCCUAUGGCAUUUCUCAUAAAAGAGAUCAUUCCUUGUGCUGGCCAAAUUGGGUAAUAAUAUUCUCCUUCCUUAAAUUCUCUUUUGUGUUUAAAAUGGGUGGGGCGAUCAUUCCUAGUCCUAAAUUGUUUGUGUAAUGUUGCUGUGUCAUAUUAAACAGCUGUAUGUUCCACUUCAGAGACGGUCGCAAUGUAGUUGUGGGAAAAGCAGUUUGUAAAGCACUUUAGGGUCUGUUGGGUUGAAACGUGCUGUAAAAAUGUAAAAGUUUAUUAUAAAUGCUCUAAUAGCGCAUGUAUUAACAUGAACAUUCCUUGGAUGAAGAUACAGCAAAAGACAUCCUAAAGAGCCACAGACAAAAGCUGGGCUAUGUUCGGCUCACCUCUUGGUACAGUGCGUUUGUAGCAGUAGCUAAUGAGCAAAGACUGUUAUGUGGAAAGUGUACACCCUUUGUAUUAUUUGCGCAGGAGACAAACUGCCUUUUGUAUUUGUGACAGAACAGGUGGGGUUCAGAUUGUGUAUUUAUUUGUAUGAUAAACACUUUUUAAGAAAAAAAACAAGUACCAUUUAGUAAAUGAAGUUUUUACAUUUUUACAGUUUCCUCUCACAUAAGACAAUAAAGUCCACAGUGUCAUGGUUUUCAUCCUCUUCACAGGACAUAAGCCCAAUAUGGUACUUAUUUCUGUACUUGCUCUAUCAUUUUGAUCUGAUUUUAUAAAUUAAUAAACUCUAAAGUUGUUAAUAAAAAGAACUUCUCUCAA